CGAAGGCCUAUUUAGCCGGAGGACAGCCUUGUAUUGUCACGCUUGAUCAGCCUUGUUGCGUUCUCAAUCGCGGAAACAGUCGAAUUGUCGCGUCCCUCGUCCACUCACCCAUCUUGUCAUUGCCGAUACCAUGGAAUCUCGUACGUCGUUCGAACAGAAAGAAUCUCCAGAGACGUUGCAGCUCCGGGCAUCGCAUAGCUCUGGUCAGCCCGCUCAGCCAGCUCAGUCACCAACUGGACAGAAUUCAAAGCGGCUCGCGCGAGCAAAGCUCUUCCCCGUCUUAUUGGCCAUCAUUCUCUCGGUCUUUCUCACAUCUCUCGACUCCACGAUCGUUGCCACCGCCAUCCCACGCAUCACCGAUGAAUUCGGAUCUUUGGACCAAAUCGGCUGGUACGGCGCCUCCUUCUACAUUACCCUUUCGUCUUUCCAGGUUGUCUGGGGCAAAGGUUACAAAUACUUCCCUCUAAAAUCGACCUUCCUGCUGGCCAACGUUGUCUUCGAGCUGGGCAAUCUUAUCUCUGGAGUCACGAAAAGCAGCAACGUCCUCAUUGCAGGUCGCGCCAUUGCAGGUGCGGGGGGAGCCGGAAUCACCUCGGGGGCAUGGACCAUUCUAGCCUUUUCACUUCCUCCUGAGAAGGUAGCACGCAUGGCCGGCGUGCUGGGAGCUACCUACGGCAGCGCAGCAGUCAUCGGACCUCUGCUAGGUGGUGCCUUCACAGACUACGUCUCGUGGCGAUGGUGUUUCUACAUCAACCUCCCAAUCGGUGGGCUGAGCAUACUUAUCAUCGCUUUCCUGUUCAAGACACCGGACGCUGCUACACCUUCGCCUGCCCCAUUGCCCCAGAAAAUCCUCGCCCUGGAUUUCAAUGGCAUGUUACUUUCCGUGGCGGCUCUGUCUUGCCUCACACUUGCGCUUCAAUGGGGUGGAGUCGCAAAGCCUUGGAGCGACGGAAGUGUCAUUGGAAGCCUAGUUGCAUUCGCUCUUCUUCUCGGCCUCUUUGUAGUCAACGAGUGGUGGAUGGGCGAGCGCUCUCUCCUGGUUCCUCGAUUGAUCAAGACAAAAACACUGGCCCUAAUGUCCAGCUUCGUGGUGUUUAGCGCUGCCAGCUUCUUUAUCGUCCUUUACUACCUCCCGGUCUACUUUCAGUCAGUUGACGGAAUCUCUCCUGCCGAGUCUGGAGUGCGGAACAUCCCCUUCAUCAUCGGAGUCGCACUCUUCAGCAUCACUUCUGGGUUCAUUGUCGGUGGUACUGGUCACUAUGCUGGACUCCUAUUGCUCGGAUCGACAUUGAUAACGAUAGGUGCUGGCCUCAUGCUAAAGCUUGACAUUGGCAGCCCUAGCAGCGCAUGGAUCGGAUACCAGGUGAUUAUCGGCAUAGGGAGUGGCAUGGUUCUCCAGACUCCAAUAGUCGUCUCUCAGGGGAUCGUCGAAAAGGCCGACAUGUCUAAUGUCUCUGCUAUCAUGCUCUAUGUUCAGACAGCGACCGGAGCCGUCUUCAUCGCCAUUGCGCAGUCGCUCUUCACCAACAGGAUCAUCGAAGAAGCGAAGGAAAACCUUCCACAAGUUGACACAGCCAAGCUGAUCAACACCGGGGCGACAGAGCUACGAAGAGUGUUUUCCGGAGAAGAGCUGCAUGCGAUCCUUGAGAUAUACCUUGACGGCUUGAGAGCCGGAUAUUAUCUCGCCAUCACCUGUGGAGCUGUUGGGUUGCUGCUUGCUUUUGCAAUUCUGAUAUUCGAUAACAGGAAUUUGAAAAGGGAGAGAAAAAACGAAGAAGUCGCAGAAGUUGAGGAACCAACGGAGAAUUCGGCAGCGUGAGG